AUGGUGUCUGUUAUUAACUAUAAAUUUAGAAGCAUGAAAAACUUUUCUACAAUCACAAUAGAAGGAAAUGGAAUUCCACUAUGGGAACUUAAAUAUGAAAUUAUUACACAAAAAAAGAUGCAAAGUAAAGACUUUGAUCUGUUGUUUUUUGAAAAUGCAACUAAUGAAAGGAUUACUGAUGAAUAUCAAAUUGUAGAACGAAACAGUCACAUAAUAGUUGAAAGAAUACCACUAUGGAUGUCAGGUACUGGUUAUUUUGUACGUGAUAAAAAAAAGGAGCCAUCUAAAGUUUCUAAAUAUAAGGCAACUCCACCUGAAUCGUAUGUGUGCUUUAGAUGCGGCAAUAAAGGACAUUUUAUUCAGCACUGUCCUACAAAUGAAGAUAAAGCUUUUGAUAUUGCCCGCAUUAGGAAACCUUCAGGAAUUCCCAGAGAUUUUUUAGUUCAAGUACAAGAACCAGAUGUAAAUACAAAUACUGGCAUGUUGGUUACACCAGAAGGUUAUUAUGUUAAAGCACAGCCACAAGUACAAGAAUGGAAGAGAAACAAAUUUGUUGGUUCUAAUUUAUCAGAAAUACCAAGUGAUUUAAAAUGUAGUAUUUGUAACAAUUUAUUUACUAAUCCUUUAAUAACAAAUUGUCAUCAUGUUUUUUGCGAAGGAUGUAUUUCAACAAAUACUGAAUGUUUUGAAUGUAAAUCGGAAAUAAAAUUUGUGAAUGAAGAUUAUGAAAAACGCAAGAAAAUAGAAAAUUUUUUAAAUAAAUAA